AUUCGUUCGCGUAAAGCUCACAUCGAAUUAUUGUCCCUUUUCCGAACCGUGAAUUCGAAGCACCAAACAUCCGUUUCAUAUACUCCUCCAACACUCUCUCUCUCUCUCCUCUUCACUCUUUCUCUCUCUACCCCCUUUUUACAUUCUCUCUCUCUGAUAUGGCUUCUCGUUGGAAUUCGCCGUCAAUUGGAGCUCACUGAAGCUGAAUUUCCUCUUUUUUAUUAACGCAGAAAACGAAAAUGGCGGUGGUUCCGAAGCGUUUUGUUGUUUGGCCGGCUGUCCUCGUCGUUUUCGCGGCGAUGCUGCUGUGCCGCUACCGAGUUCACUCGGAGCCGACUCAGGACAAGCAGGCGUUACUCUCGUUUCUAUCGCAGGUCCCCCACGAGAAACGCCUCCAGUGGAGCGAGUCCGACUCGGCGUGCUCCUGGAUUGGCGUGGUGUGCGACCCUACCAACUCGUCGGUUUACUACCUCAGACUCCCCGGCGUCGGACUUGUCGGCCAGAUUCCGCCCGACACGCUGAGUCGACUCAGUCAGCUACGAGUCCUCAGCCUCCGGUCCAACCGCCUCUCCGGUCCAAUUCCGCCCGAUUUCUCCCAGCUUAAGCUCCUCCGCAAUGUCUACCUCCAGGACAACCAGUUUUCGGGAGAGUUCCCGGCGAGUCUCACCGAGUUGACUCGGAUCGUCAGGCUGGACCUCUCCUUCAACAGAUUCGCCGGACCAAUCCCAUUCUCCGUCAACAAUCUCACCCAUCUGACCGGCCUCUUCCUACAGAACAACGCCUUCACCGGGAAAAUCCCGAGCAUUGCCCCACCCGGACUCACCGAUUUCAACGUGUCCAACAACCGCCUGAACGGUUCGAUCCCAAGCGCGUUAGCGAAAUUCCCCGCAUCCGCAUUCGCGAAUAAUUUGCAGCUGUGCGGCGGUCCGCUGCCGCCGUGCAGCCCGUUCUUCCCCUCACCGGCGCCGUCACCUUCAUUACCUCCGGCCGCGAUCUCCACCCACAAGAAAAACAAAAAACUCUCCACAGCCGCAAUUAUCGGAAUCUCAAUCGCCGCCGGUAUACUCCUCCUCCUCCUCAUACUCGCCCUAAUUUUCCUCAUUCUGAGAAGAAGCAAAAAGAAGGAAACCACAAAAGUCCAAAAACCCCCAGCAAUAGCAGCGUCGAGAGCACUGGCGGAGGCCGGCACAUCCUCAUCAAAGGACGACAUCACCGGUGGAUCGGCGGAGGGAGGAGAGAGAAACAAGCUAGUCUUCUUCCACGGCGGCGGAUACACCUUCGAUUUGGAAGAUCUACUCCGAGCAUCGGCGGAGGUUUUGGGCAAAGGAAGCGUGGGCACAAGCUACAAAGCGGUGCUGGAGGAAGGCACAACCGUGGUGGUGAAGAGGCUGAAAGACGUCGCCGCCGCGAAGAAAGAGUUCGAUCAGCAAAUGGAGAUUUUAGGGAACACCAAGCAUCAGAAUAUUCUGCCGCUCAGAGCUUAUUACUUCUCAAAGGACGAGAAAUUGUUGGUGUACGAUUACAUGCCCGCCGGCAGCUUAUCUGCACUCCUCCAUGGCAGCCGAGGCUCAGGGCGAACACCUCUAGACUGGGAAAACCGACUCAGAAUAGCACAAAGUGCAGCAAGAGGACUGGCCCACCUCCACACAUCAUCAAAGCUAGUCCACGGUAACAUAAAAUCCUCCAACAUACUCCUCAAACAAGACAACUUCGAUUCUUGCAUCUCCGAUUACGGUCUCAACUCUCUCUUCUCCAACGCAACCCCACCAAACCACCGCGUCACGGGCUACCGGGCCCCCGAAGUUCUCGAAACCCGAAAAGUCACCUUCAAGUCCGACGUCUACAGUUUCGGAGUACUAAUCCUGGAGCUAUUAACCGGCAAAGCGCCCAACCAGGCUUCGUUGGGCGAGGAGGGGAUCGAUCUGCCGCGGUGGGUGCAGAGCGUGGUGCGUGAGGAAUGGACCGCUGAGGUUUUCGAUGUCGAGCUGAUGAGGUACCAUAAUGCAGAGGAAGAGAUGGUGCAGCUGUUGCAGAUAGGUAUGGCGUGUGUCGCUAUUGUACCUGAUCAGAGGCCCACCAUGGGAGAUGCUUUGAGAAUGAUUGAGGAUAUGAAUAGAGGCGGUGAUACUGACGAUGGGUUAAGACAGUCGUCCGAUGAUGCUUUGAGAGGAUCGGAUAGCCAAACGCCUCCUACGGAAUCGAGGGCUUCGCCACCUGGCGUCACGCCAUAGGUCGGUUGAGGAAUUAUCACCAGACUGCAGCUUGUGUAGCUUUUUUUAUAUAUAUAUAUAUUUAAUUCUUUUGGGGGGGGCUUUGAUUGAUUAGCUUUCUUCUCUUGUUUGAUUAUGCAAAUGAUGUUGUUGUUGUUUAUUGUUGUUAUUAUUUUUUCUUUUAACUAUUUUUUUUGGGGGAUUGUGUAGAUUAUGGUAGAUGCAAAGUUGAAUUGGUUGUGGGUGUUUGAGUAUUCCAUGAACUGAUUGGAGUUGACCCUGUUAUUAUU